AUGUUCAGAGAUCCAAACAUCAAAGCCCCUACCUCUGACUGCUGCCCAGAUGUCUUUGCAACUGCCCCUUACGGGUCCUCCUACGGGUGGUUGGUCCAUGGGACGACGGUCCCAUGUCACUCUUUCAAGCUGUGCAUGGCCGGAGAGGUCUGGCCACCAGACAUUCGCCGUCAACUGCCCACCUCAGAUCUGGCUCCAGGACUUGAGCCUCCUUCCCCUUGGGCUGCCUGUGAAACCCCUGCAGGAGCACUGAGUGGUCAGGAGAAGAGAGAUCUGCUCUAUCCAGGGCCCAACAUGGGGACCAUACUGUGGCUCCUCUCCUUGACCCUGCUCCCAGGGGCCCUCACUCAAAUUGUGACAAUGGCGCCGACCACUCAGACUUUUAACACAGCCAACUCGUCCCACCUGAACCAGGUGUGCACCACCUGGGGCAAUUCGCAUUGGAAGUCAUUUGACGGACAUUUUUACACCCUGCCCUCCCCCUGCACACAUGUGAUGACAAAGGUGUGUGGCACAGAAGCGGAAAGCUUCUUUGUGAUCCAUAUUACCCGCUCAGUGGUCGGGCUGAAGCACAACAUCAGCAAGAUCCUAAUGAAAGUGGAAGGCGCCGUCAUAGAACUGGGUGACUCCCCCAGGGACACUGCCAAAAUCAACGGCGAGACGGUGGACCUCCCUACAGUGAUGUAUGGGGUGAGUCUAUCUGUCACCCCCUCCAGUGUGGUCAUACAGGCCAAUGUCGGCUUCAGAAUCAUCUGGAACAGGGACGACUCUGUGGAUAUUGAGAUGGACAUUAAAUAUCAAGGCCAGCUGUGUGGGCUGUGUGGCAACUUCAAUGGAAUUUCCAAUGACUUCAGGAAAAACGAGCUGCAGCUAUCACUGUUGGACUUCGCAGAGACCUACAAAGUGACUGGUCCCACAGAGUCAUGUGACAUCCACUUGCCGGAACCUGCCCAAGGCUGUGUGGAGAAGCAAUACUGUGAGGACAUCUUUUCCAGCGCUCCAUUCACAGACUGCUACGGGCGAUUGGAUGUGGAUGCCUUUUCCUCUAUGUGCAUGUCAGAUAUGUGCAACAGCACCUUAGUUCUGUGCAAAACCAUCUCUGAAUUCUCCAGACAGUGUGUCCAUGCUGGAGGUUUGCCACUGAAGUGGAGGAAUGAGUCCUUCUGCAAUGUGACGUGUCCCUUUAACAUGGAGUUCCAGGAGUGUAGCACGUCAUGUCCAAACACCUGCUCCAACCGCGAGGCCAGUCAGACAUGUGACACCCACUGUCUAGACCUGUGCAGCUGCCCCUCAGGCACCAUCUUUGAUGACAUUGGUGAAAGUGGCUGUGUACCGGUGACAUCGUGUCCCUGUUUGCACAACGGGAAGGUGUAUCAAACGGGAGAAUCCUACUCUUACCAAUGCAGGAACUGUGUGUGUGGUGGGGGCCAGUGGACGUGUACAGCGACAGACUGUCCAGGCACCUGUUCUGUGGAGGGAGGGGCUCACAUCACCACAUAUGACAGAAAGUCCUUCACCUUCCAUGGAGAAUGUUCCUACGUGCUUACCAAGAGUGAGGGCUCAGAAUUCACAGUGCUGGUAGACCUGGCGAAGUGUGACCUGUCAGAAACUGGGACCUGCGUCCGUGGAAUCGUCCUGGCCCUGUACAGCAACAGCACGGUGAGUAUACACACACAGAGUUGUAAUAUAUUGGGACAAAGAGUAAAUCCAUUGUUUUGGUUGACAAAAAACAAAAACAAAAAAAACAUCAACCACUGGUCAGAGUUGAACUGAAUUAAGAUUCAACUCUAAUACAAAUGUAUUUAUAGAGCACUUUUUAUUCAUGAAAAACUCGCCUUUAUAAGGGAUUUAAAUCAUGUCACCUUGAGCUCCUGAGGCAGGGCAAG